ACAUAAAGUAGCCUUCGGUGCUAAACGCGUGCACCAAUACGACUUAUGAACAUCGCUCUUUUGUCCAUAAGAGGGAGUCGAGUUUCUUGCAUGCGCCGUCGUCGCCCGCUUCCACGGCAGAGCCAGAGAACGCAUUGCCCGGACUAAGAGGAGAAGGAGGAGGAGGAGGAGGAGGAGGAGGAGGAAGGGGGGGCUGCUCGCUGGAGAUAUUUCGUGACACCGGUUAUUUUCUCCCUUAGUGGCUGUUGCGGGAGUCAUAUCUGUGGUUGGAUAGUCAGUCGCUCGGUCACUUCGCCCCUUCAGCCUUCACGCGCAACUUCGCCGCAGCUGAAGAACACGGCUGUUCGCGGGCACCGAGGAAGCUUUUGGGCUUUUUGUCAUACCUGGAUUUAAGUUUUUUUUUUUUUUUUUUAAUAAUUUGUAUUUAGUUUUUUUUUUUUUAAAGCAGUGGGCCCCUUUUCUCUGUCAGAAUGUUGUGGAAAUUAGCCGACAACGUGAAGUACGAGGAUGACUGCGAGGAAAGGCACGACGGAAACAGCAACGGCAACCCCCGGCUGCCUCACCUGCCCGCGGUCAGUCAGCACCUCUACAGCCCGUCUCCCUCCCUCUCACACCCGGCCAGCUCGGACUUCCAGCCGCCGUACUUCCCGCCUCCGUACCAGCCCAUCUCCUACCCGCAGUCCAGCGACCCGUACUCCCACCUCGGGGACCCUUUCAACAUCAACUCCUUGCACCAGUCGCAGUCGUCGAACCAGCAGCAAUGGCCCGGUCGGCAGGGCCAGGACGGGCUCGUCGCGCACGGCAGGAGCGGCCUGGCCAGCCAAAUCCUGGGCCUGGAGGGCUCGUCCGGGGUGAGGAGGGAAGGCUUCCGGAGGCCCGAGCUGCUGCCCCCGCACGUGCACGGCAUUGAGUCGUCGGUUAUUGGGGGCGACAGCAUGGGGAUGCACGACAUGGGGCACGGACUGGACGAGGUUCAACAUGUAGAUGACCACAGUGUUAUAAUGGCAGACCAGACGGUCAUAAAAAAAGUAUUAGGACUACGAGGUGGCAGGAACCUUGAUCGCUUACAGAGGACUUAUUAUCAGGGGGGAAUUCUUGCUGGGCCUGUCACUCUACCCAAAGGCAACGUGCUGGGUCUUCCUUUCCAGAAAGAGUCUCUUCUGGGCAUGGUAUCAAACCCCACGGAGGUGUUCUGCUCCGUACCGGGCCGCCUUUCCCUGCUGAGUUCCACUUCCAAGUACAAGGUUACCGUGGCCGAGGUCCAGAGACGUCUGUCGCCCCCCGAGUGCCUCAACGCGUCGCUCCUGGGAGGCGUUUUACGCAGAGCCAAAUCAAAGAACGGAGGUCGCUCGCUGAGAGAAAAGCUGGAUAAGAUCGGGCUCAACCUGCCUGCAGGAAGAAGGAAGGCCGCCAAUGUCACACUACUCACGUCACUAGUCGAAGGUGAAGCUGUUCACUUAGCGAGAGACUUUGGGUACGUGUGUGAGACGGAAUUCCCAGCGAAGGCAAUUGCUGAUUACCUGGGCAGGCCGCACGUGGAACGCAACGAGGUUAACUCUCGCAAGAACAUGCUCCUUGCUGCCAAGCAAAUCUGCAAAGAGUUCACGGACCUGCUGACUCAGGACCGUUCGCCUCUGGGGAACUCUCGGCCGGCGCCCAUCGUGGAGCCCGGAAUCCAAGGCUGCCUGACCCACUUCAGCCUCAUCACUCACGGCUUCGGUUCACCGGCCAUCUGCGCCGCCAUGACCUCGCUCCAGAACUACCUGAACGAGGCGCUCAAACAAGUGGACAAGAUGUACCUGAGCUCCGGUAGCGACACCCAGGGGUCCUCAGACAGUGGGAGCAAAUCUGCAGACAAAAUGGACAAGCACAGGAAAUGAGCGCUCGGAGGAGAAUCUUGUGAACUUGAGACCCCCAGAUUCCCUUAAUCUCGCCGCCCCGUCUGCCCUUUUUUGGCUUUUUUUGGAUUUUUGAAAAAAAAAAAAAAUCUAUGUUGAUUGAUGCGUAUUGUCAUUUUGAGAGCUGAAUUUGUAUGUGAGAGAAAGAGAGAGCGUUUUUGUGUAAUUGCACUGUUGAAUUUUAAUUAAAUGUUUUGAGAAGCGGAUGAUUCCUAAGAACUUGUCCCUGUUUGCUUCAAAUCAACACAAAUAGCAACCUCCUGUGUGAACUGGUCUGACUGGGAGCCCACCUUGCUGGGGGAGGGAGGGGGGUAUUAAGCCAUGCUACGGCCAUCGGACCUACUCCCUGUUGACAACAUGAGGAAAAGAACAAAAGUGCGUACUGUUUUUUUUUUUUUUUUUUUUUCUUCUCAAAAGACAUUUUUCAAGAUGAGUUGCUGUGGCUGUGAAUUCCUCUCGGCCUCCUCUCCGGCUCCGUCUGGAGGCAAAUCCUCUGAUUUCCUGAGUCUCAAUGGACUUGCAAGGACAGUUUUUAUAUGAGAAAGCGAGAGAAGAAAAUCCACUCCAUUUUUUUUCUGCCUGAAUUGUACAACCACUUCAAAAUGGAUCAGUGUUAUUGUGCUUCAUUCAUGAAAGAUGAUUUGAAUCCUAUUGAGCCGAAAAGAACAAAUGUUUUUAGUUUUUUUCAAUCUGCGUAUGGUCAGAAACCAGAGACUUGACGGCCUCUUCAGUGUUCAUGUGGAUUACAGGCAGCAAUGCUUCCAUUGUUGCUCUCAUGUUUUAAACCCGCCAACCCUCUUCUUGUGGCCACGUUAGGUUCAUAAUUCUAUUGUACUAAAAAAAAAAAAAAAAAAGUUACGACCCACCUAAAAAAACCCUUCC